CAAGGUGUAAUAAACGCAUGGGGCCUGAUAAUGGUGCGAUCGAUGAAGCUAAUAGCGAUCAACCAGAUGAAGAAAACCAAUACAGCCCAGGUGAUACAGUGAGAUUUGUUUGUGACAACUGCUUUGAAAUAAAGCCAAAUACAGACGGAAUUCAAGACGACGAUACAAUGUGCACAACAUCUGGUUGGGAUGGACAAGUUCCAAGAUGUAAACGACUAACAUGCGACGCGCCUGAACUAAAUGAAGGGGUCGAGCGAAUAGGGAUUAAUAAUAAUUGUGGAACAACUGCCAGUUUUACGUGUAAGGAAGGCUAUGUCCCAGCUGAUGGUACCCUUACGUGUGUGGAUGAUGGUUCUGGGUCUCCCGUCUGGAGUGGCACCCCAUUGACUUGCAAAAAGAAAUGUCCUUUCCGUAUGCCAACGACGAAUGGUACAAUAGAUCAAGAGAG